AUGUUACCUCUACGAUCUGGAAUAGGCGAAGAUGCUGGAAAAUUAUUAGCUCAACUGUUAUUCUCAAAAAUCAAGCCAAUUUGCGUUGAAUUGUCCCAAGUAUUGAAUGCUCCUGAAUUUAACAUCAAUAAAGUUAGAUCACUUUUAACUUCACUUGAAGCUGCUUUAUAUAAACAUUUGAAAGAGGCACAAGAUCAGGUUGUCAUAUAUAGACUCCCAGAAACAGUUGCUGAUUAUAUAUUUUUUCCAAUUUCAAAUUUGUUGAAAUUUCCCCGUUUGGAUGACUCUAUUACUCAGCAUAUUUUGGCCAUUAUUGGGUUUCUAAUAGACAAUGCAUGGAGUUUCAAUGUUAAUUACAAUUUGAUCGAUCAGUUAUUCCCAUUAUUGGUAUAUCUCCUGGGAUUUGAUACGAAAGCACAAGAAACAUCGCUAAGUGAAAAAUCAUUACAAUUUAAACUGUCUUCUAUACUGGCAUUAUUCAGUAUUUCCAAAACGCUAACUAGAUCUUACUUUCAAGGUGAAGGGAAAAGACUUGUUUUUCUAAGCAAUUCUAUAUCAAUUGUUAUAGAUAUUAUUGGAUCUACAACCCCAAAUUCACAAGAAGCAAUUAAAGUCUUGGAAAUUAUAUUUGAUACAAUACUUCAACUUGUUCAGUGCCUUACUUCAAGUCAGCAGUCACAAAUUUUACCUGGUAUAGUUUCUUCAGUUACCACAUUCGGUUCUAAAAAUUCAAACAUUCCAGCCGAGUUGACCAUUCGCAUAUUGAAAGUAUUGUCUUUUAUUAUCUGUAAUUCAUUCAACGACAAUGAACUACAUGCCGAAUUAGAUGUUCACCAUAUUAAAAACUUGAAAGAUCUUGAAGUGGUUUGGAAUACUAAUGAGGUAGCCACAACUGAAAGGUGCAAUAUUACAAUCACUGAAACUGAUCACCGUUCUUUAUCUUGGGUAAAGGCAACAUCGAAACAAUUGAAAAUAAGUUUAACUGUAUUCUUCAAAACCAUAUUGCAUUCGGAAAAGAACAAGCAACGACUAAAAUCAAAACCAGAACUAUACAACGAAGUAAUAAAUUUUGUUUCAGGUAUAUUAAACAGUUGUUUUGCUACUCUUUUUACAGAAUUUGCGUCCUUAUCAAUCGAUAUACUUUCCAGUUUGGUAUAUGCCUCUUCGUAUGGUGAGGAAAAGGAUAUCAAUGACAAAAUAUCAUCAAUAAGCAACAUGUUAUGUUUAUGUUUAGAUGAUGAUUCUAAAGCAAUGGCAUUUUUUGAAAUUCUUCACUCAAAGUUGCUAUACCUUUUACAAAACAAACUCACUUCCACUUUAUUCUCAAUUGAUGAAGAAAAAGUAUCAAUGACUAUAGCUUCUUUAAAGCUAAACUUUCAAUUACUCUUUGAUUUAUCUAGAAGUCAAUCCACUGAUUAUCAAGUUUUGAAUGAAUUAAGGAAGUUUACAUUGAAGUUAUUUCGUCAACAUAUGUUAGACAGAUUCAACUUGGAGAACUCUAAAUCAGCCUCCAAGAUUGGCAAUUCUGAUACCUUGAUUCCACUAAAUGAAGGUGAAAGUUCAAACAAAUUAGACUCUAUCGAGCUUCCAGAAUAUGUGAAUGUACAUAACAUUGCAACUCAAAAUAAAACAUUGACCAAAUCCACAAGUUCCUACAUUCACAAUCUCCAAUUAAUAUCAAGAAACUGGAAUGAGGCACUGAUUUUGGCUAAUUCUGAGGAAUCUUCUACACUUGGAAUUGGUACCAAGCUCAUUGAAUUCAAAGUUGCGGGUUUUAUUCAAUUUUUAUCAAAUUUGAGAUUUAGAAAUGAUUCAGACUCAACCUUGAAUGACUUGGAAGAUAUUUUUAUGGAUUGUGAUGAUAAUUCGCUCGAAACUAGUUUAUCAUUAUGGAUAGCCACUAGGUUAAUCAAAAAUUAUACGUCUUCGAAGUCGAUAGAGGAACAUGAGUUCGAUCCAGAUAAGUUUCUCGACUUUACAGAAACUGAAGAAGAAUCAAGCUAUAUUGAUGAAGAAUUAGACGCAGGUGAGGAGUCUCUAUACUUGGUAUUGGCUAAAAGUGAAGAAUUGAUAUCCUCGGUCAGCUCCAAGGAUGAUGGUGAGCUAAAUGUUUCGGAUGAAUUGAUAUAUUGUUGUGCUCUUGAUGCAAUCAACGAAUUGGCAGGAAAACUUUCUAAGGAACAAUUCCAAUCUGACUUUCUCAUGGACAAUCUUUUGGUUUUAAUAAAAUCAUUAACCUACAAUAACAGACCUAGAGUACAACAAGUUGCUCAAAACACCGUCAAAUCUAUAUUAGAAGCAUAUUACGAUAAUUCGAUGAAGAAAUUGAUUAUUGAAAAUCUGGACUACUUGAUAGAUAGUUUAAGUUUACAAAUGUCAGUUGCAAGCAACUUGACUCCAGUGUUACCAGGUAUUUUAGUCAUUAUAAUUAAAAUUACUGGGAUUCAGUUGUUAGAAUCUAAUCAACUUACUGAUAUUCUAACUGAAAUGUUUGUUCUUUUAGACACAUACCAUGGCUACAACAAACUAGCUGAAUCUUUCUUUGUUGUAUUUGAAUCAUUAACUGAACAGAUUAAUAAACAGUAUGGUUCAAGGCAAACGAUUAAAAGUGCUGAUAAUAUAAAUUCCUCAUCAUAUAAACCCUGGGGGAUGAGUAGCAAAGAGCAAAUGAUGGCACUCAUCCUGGGUGCCGGAAGUGUUCUUGAUUCAGUUGUUGAAUAUGAUAGCACUAAGGAAUAUUUCAAGAGAAAAACAGAUGUCCCAUUUUCAGAGAUACUGCAAGAUUCUGAUGAUGAGGAUGAGAGUGAAGAGGAGCAAGAAGAAGAGGAGGAAGAAGAAGAAGAGUGGCAGUCAGUUGUUCCAAAGAAGGUAUAUUUUAUCUUGCAAAGAAUUUUCAAUUAUGGAUUCGUUUUGAUUGCCCAACCAUCUUUUUCUUUGAGAGCUCAAAUAAUAAAAACUUUACGUUUAAUAUUCCCAUUACUUUGUUUUAAUUACAAAUUGGUUUUACCAGUAAUUGCCAGUAAUUGGCCCUUGUUGGUCACUCUAAUAUCUGGAUCUAAAUCACUUUCCACCUACCCCAACAUUGAUGUUAUUGGAUACACUCUGGAAGAAACAAAUUUGAUGUUUCAAUCAUUGGAAUUUGUAACUGAAAUUUUAACUGAAGAUGUGAGCAAAGAGGAAUACUUUUUUGCAAGGAAAUUUCAAGAAGCCUGGGAAUUUAUGUCUGAACACUCCAAGCUCAUAUCCAGCAAGGGUACUAAGGAUGAACUUUCAAAAGAAAGACUGUUGACAGUGCUGCAGAGCCCUCUUAGAACACACCCGAAGUUAAGAAAUGUCCUUAUCAAAUUUUUAAUCACCGGUGUGCAAGCUUAUGAGAGAACCAUACCUGAUAUUGUCAGGUAUAACGUAGUUAGUUUAUGCCACAGAUUAAAGAUUCCUGAAGAUCUUAUCUUAUCUAGAGAUACUGCUGGUAUCAUCGAGGUGCUACAAAGUCAUGAAUUAUAGAAUCUAUUUAUAGUACUUAGAAAAGUAAACUCAAUCUAUCAUUACAACAUCUGUCAGUCCUUCUGCAUCAUCGGUAGUAGUUGCUUCGUCUUCUGCUAUUAGAUCAUGGAUAACAGCUUUGCGGAUUGGCUUGUCUUCUUUUGGUGUAGUUGCAAUUGGAAAAUGGAGCGUUUGUUGCCCUUUGGAUAAAAUCUCUGCCGGUCUUGAAGUAUUAUCGCUGGAAUUUCCAGUUGAGUUUGUAACUUUACCUGGUGCAGAGCCUGGGAUAUUAACCUUUUUGUUCUGAAUUAAUUCACCAAUUGGUUGGGUUUUAGGAAUGGUAUCACUCAAAAAGUUUAAGGAAUCAUGACUGGCAACGGCAGAGGAGAAAUCUUUAUAUUGGAUUUUCUUUCUUUUAUCCAUUUUGGCCUGCAAGCUUGCCUGUUCUACAAAGUAUUGAACAAAUAAUUCUGUGGCUAACCCUGCUGUAUAAACAGCAGUUUGUGAAGCAGCAAGAUAUUCUGGAUCCAUUUUAAAUAUUCUCUUUAUUUUUGACAAUGGGAGAGACAUCGACUGUUCUGUUGCCUCUUCUGUUUCGAUUUCUGCUUCUGCUGUUGAUGUUGGUUCGUUUUCACCAUCAACAGCUGGGGUUUCAGUACCUUCGGGAUCAUCAGUCUCCAUGGCAUCUGUUGCUGGUGGUGUUGUUGAUUUCUCGGCAGGUAAGCUCGUUUCAGGAGUGUUUCCAGGCGAGACAGUAGUUUGCCUACUCUCGUCUAUUUCAUUGAUUGAAGACAUGGUGCUGUUCAUUUGUUUGUCUUGUUGUGGAAUCUGGAUAGAUAAUUACAAGAUUAAUUUUCAGUUAGGACGCAUACCCUCGGAAAAUAUUCUAGUCACGUGGUAGAAAACCUCGGAUGUGUUUACAAAGUAUUAUAUUUGGCAUCAUGUCUAUAUUAUUGACUAUUUACAGUAGAAAUAUCUUUCUAUUCAUAACAUUGGAUAAAGCUCAUAAUUUGGCUUAUUCCUUGCUUGUGUUUAAUUCCAAUUUUUCAGCACUCUCCUUCUCUAAGAUUUCUGGACUUACAAUUCUUUCUUCGUAAUCCUGCUUCUCAAGGUCUUGUUGGUCAUAUUCUUCACCAUAUUCCACAAACUUGAUGAUACUAUCAAACGCAUAUUCUGCUGAUUUUAUUCCAUCUUUAUAGCCUUCUGUGGUGAGACGAAUCUGUGGAGUGUUUGGAGAAACAAGAGCUUUCAAUUCAGUAGAGUUCAAAUCAGAUGGUACCACGUAUGUUCUUACUUUAUCCCAAUUCAUGAUAUAUUGACCCUUAUUAUUUAAUCUCCCUACACCUGUGGAACCAGUACCUUUGUAGAAAGUGUGGUUACCUUGUUUGGUGGUUAUUGGAUGUCUCUUGGAACCAGAUUUGAUAAAACCAUACCAUAAUUGACCAUUUUUAUACUUUUGCCAAGGUCUUCUUAAAGAAGACAGGGCUGUACUUUGGAAAUUUAAGACUUGUGUUGCUCUCAUCGCUCUUCUAUUCUCUUUGUCUUUAGUACACUAAGUCCAGUGAUAGUAAAGCUCCAUUU